UAGAUUUUUCAUAUUGAGAUACUUUGAACGUAAGGCCACUCGGAGUUGAUGCUCUUAACCGUAAAAGUACGAAAAAAACAACCAUUUAAAAAAAGAUGUGCUCAGAAGACAACGGCAGGUCUCUACUCCAAUGUGGGCUGAAGUCACUUCUGGAAAACAAUCUUGUUUCAACAGAGAAGGAGAAUUUACCUUUAGCCACUUUGGGAGAACCCUUAACCGAUGACAGGAGAAGUACAGCCCUUCACUGUGUCGAAAUUGAAGUUUUACGAAUCUUGCGCCAGCUUGUAAAUGGUGAAGUGAUGGAACUUUCGGUGCCGAAAGUUACGAAAUGGGACAGAAAUUUGGCUCCAGUCACCGCACCGGAUAGUGAGUGCGCCGUCUCCAGAGUCCGGUAUGAUGUGCCUGCCUCUAGGCACAAGUUCACUGUGAUAGUCCUGCUCUUGUCAAGAGUCCACAGGCAGUUGAACGAGCGCGCGUCAGGCACCCGGAGGCGAAUGUACUACGAGGACGUGACGUUCCUCAAGUCUCAACGGGAGGUCGACGACGCGGCCCUGAGCGUGAGUCGCGUCCUCAGGCUGCCCCCCUGGCAUCUGGGACUCCUGGCCACCGCCAAAGGACUCGUCGCCGGUGACCUGACCAUAACCACCGCCGACGGGGAGGUGCUCGAUUGCAGUAACAAGCCUGGCGGGGUCCUUAUCCCCGGCGACGUGUGCGCCGUCCAGAGCGUGCGGUCAUCGGCGAGGUUCAUCCUGGUGCUGGAGAAAGACACAGUCUUCCAGCGCGUCCUUCAGGAGGGCAUCCUUGAUCGACUCGGGCCGUGCAUCGUGAUUACGGGCAAGGGCUACCCCGACGUGAGCACCAGGGCGUUGCUCAGCAGGCUGGAGGCGGAGCUCCGGCUGCCCAUGCUGGCCGUCAUGGACGCCGACCCCCACGGGGUCCACAUCAUGUGCGUCUACAGGUUCGGCACUAGGACUUGUCCGCUGGCCCUGCCAUCGCUGCGCUGGCUGGGCGUGCUGCCCUCGGAGCUGUCGUCCCUCGGGCUGCGCAGCGCGCCCCUCACGCCCAAGGAUCUCGUGCUGACGCGCGCGCUGCUCGACAAGAAGUGCCUGAGUGACGCCCACGGGAUCCGAGCAGAAAUUGAAACCUUCCUCACCGUACGACAGAAGGGCGAAGUGGACGCUUUGUUGGACAUUUCCCCAUGCUACAUCACGGAUGUCUACUUGCCUAACAAGAUUGCAGCCGCCCAUGUACUCUAGGAACUCUGCCCGAAAAUAAAAUCAACUUAUUGUUU